AUCAUCUCUUCGGUGCGCUAUUGCCAGUCUGUUUCGUGCGGACCGUGCAAUAUCCCUUAAAAGGCCUCAAGAUUGAUCCCAACAUGGCACUGGAACAGAACAGUGCUGCCCACGUCCACGUCAGUGGCGAUGUCCUGGAGGACUUCGUGCUCAUCUUCCGCGAGCUCGUUUCAAAGUAUCUGGACAUAGGCGAAGAUCUGAACGUACCUGAUGACUUCACGCAAAGUGAGAUGCAGAGUGGCAUGUGGUGGCGCCAUCUGGCCGCCGGUGGUUUCGCCGGGGCCGUGUCCCGGACGUGCACGGCGCCCCUCGAUCGGCUCAAGGUGUUCCUGCAGGUGCAAUCAACCAAACAGCGAAUCUCAGACUGUCUGCAGUACAUGCUAAAGGAGGGCGGCGUGCAGAGCCUCUGGCGGGGCAACUUCAUCAACGUGCUCAAGAUCGCGCCCGAAUCGGCCAUCAAGUUCGCAGCGUACGAGCAGGUCAAGCGGCUCAUCCGGGGCAACGACAAGCGCCAGCUCUCGAUCUACGAGCGGUUCGUGGCGGGAGCGUGCGCCGGCGGGGUGUCCCAGACCGCCAUCUACCCACUAGAAGUAUUAAAAACCCGACUAGCGUUAAGGAAAACCGGACAAUACAGCAGUAUACUGGACGCAGCGACCAAGAUCUACCGCCGCGAGGGUCUUCGCUCGUUCUACCGUGGCUACAUUCCAAACAUGCUCGGGAUCAUACCGUACGCCGGUAUCGAUCUGGCCGUGUACGAAACGCUGAAGAAGAAGUACCUCAGCCACCACGAGACGGAACAGCCGAGCUUCUGGCUGCUGCUGGCGUGCGGUAGCGCCUCCAGCACCCUGGGGCAGGUGUGCUCGUACCCGUUGGCCCUGGUGCGGACGCGGUUACAGGCUCAAGCCGUGACGAUCGGUACGCAGAACCCGGCCGACGGGAUCGCCGCCGUCGAACCGAACAUGACGAACGUAUUCAAGCGGAUACUGCAAACCGAGGGUCCCCUGGGGCUGUACCGGGGCAUCACGCCCAACUUCAUCAAGGUGCUACCGGCCGUCUCGAUCAGCUACGUCGUGUACGAGUACUCGAGCCGUGCCCUCGGUGUGAACAUGACGUGAUUUGGUGCGCCGGAAGCAACCCAAACACAUGCUGCGAUGAUCAGCACCGUCGUUGUUCCACCAAAUGAUGCUAUCGUUGCCCAUCAGCAGCUGCCGCCGCCUUCUUCGAUGGCACCUUCAAAACUGCUACUUUCACUACAACAGCAGCCUUCAGGGCUGCUAAGGUUACUAGCCGCCGCUGUCGUCGUCGCCGUCGCCAUCGCUGCAUCAUCACCACCAUCUCGUCGUCAAUCGUCAUCAUCCGGAUAUCGAUCGGACCGGUCCCUCGCCGGGACCCGGUCCGAUUCCUACAGCUAUUUAUUAACCGAAUCAACGUUUUCCCGGAACAUUUGCGCUUUCGAGUCCGAAAACGGAACAAUGGGCAGAGGGCACAACUUUAUUCCUUUGAUUAAUUAACCCUUAACCUUCCCUUACCUCUUAGGUGUACAUAAUGCAAUUUAACUUAUUUUCUCCGCGCUGAUUUAAUUCUUUCGAUUAUGAUUAAGUAGUAGCAACAAAUUGAAAGUAAACUUCUCCCAAAUGUCAUUUUUUUAGUAGUAAACGCAAUUUUUAUUGUUUUACAUAGUGACAAAUUCAGUUUAGAAAAGUAUCUGAAAACAAAUAGAAAAACCUUCUAACGAUUCCAGUUUCUAGAUUGAAGCAACAGAGGGUGCUCUGAAAUCGAAGUAGGCAUCCCGCAGUCGUCUCUCUAAAUGUGGUAAUCUUAGCGGGUGUGACGUUCUCUUUGGAAAGGUCAUUAAACUAUUAAAGACAGAUAGGUACAUAGAAGCAACGCAAGAGAAUAAAGUGCAAACAAGUGAUUCAAUGCGAUUUAGCUAUUUAUUUACCCGAAGGGCACCACACGCAUCGUUACACGCAUAUUUAUAAUUAGCAAAUUUUUUAGCUUUCUUUUUUACACCUACCCUUCGCAUCCUAUACAUAUGAACACUAGGAAGAAAUUACCGGCUCCGGUGUUGAGCUUUCGGUAAAAUUACCGAAGUUGGGAACUUUGGAAAUUUCACCGAGAAUCCAACACCAGGAAAUUGGUGAUUUAUUUUAAGUGUGAUAUUAAUCUUAAAAAAAUACACAGAAACUCACUGGAACAACGCGAAACCGUCCAAUCCCACCGGAACCAAAUAGUGUGUGCGUUCGUGGAUUCGGACGGAGGCAAUGACGCCGAGCCGGGGCCGGUUGGUACCCUUCGUAAUCGCGCAGGUCGCUCCGCGGCAGGUUCGCGCACAUGGAGCAAGCGAUAAUGCACGUUUGGAUCAGUGAACGUUAGAACGAUUCGUUCUCCUAUUUGAGCAAGUUUUUCAUACUGGAAUUCAAUGUGAACUAGUUAUGGGAAAAACCUCAAUGUUUCUAUAUGGUCUAAUGCUUCAAAACAUCAUAAUCAGUAUUCCGACUCAUCAGAACAAAAGAAAAAACGUGCAAAUAUGUAACACUACUACCUAUGAACGGCUGAAAUAGUGAUUUGACUAGUUUGCUAACCCAAAAGCAGUCGUGCUGAUUCUUGAGCACGACGAUUCAAUAACAUUGCACCGAAACCCAUUUCCCAGUAUUCCAUUCCCCAGAAAUCUUUUUCAAAGGAAAUUCUGGGGAAUGAAAUUCUGGGAAAUGGGUUUCGGAUGAAUCGACGACGUGCUCAAGAUCAUUUCAGCAUAUUGGCUUGGAAAAAUUCCACCAAAAUUUGACCAGACACUUUUUUUUGGAGCAUAGGUUUAUCCCAGUGUUUUGAAAAUUUGUGUACAUUUUUGAAUUUUCUUUUUUAAUGUUUACCGUUUUGUAAAUUUUUCAAUCAAAUUUCAAUCUUUCGUGUUCGGCCUAAUGUGAUUCUGCCUUUUGAGAUUCAGUCUUAUGUUACCCCAAAUAUGAAAGCUUAAUCGAACAGACUGUUAACAUCACGUUCACAUGGAAUUUCAAUCUUACUCAAUUCCAACAUGAUUCAGAAGCGUUAGAAUUUCACCGGCCCAAGUUUGCGUUCAUUUUCCCAAGCGUGCAGAGGGAUCCCCGGUCAUCAACCAACACUACUGAUGAAAGGGCGUGCGCAUUUGAUUGAUCCAAAGCGCCGCCAAAUAAUGCUCCAACCCUAAAGUUUUAAAACUGUAACAUAAGGUUCGUUUGGAACGAAACAAAAAAAACAUAAAAUCGUGUUUGCUUGUGCGCUUUUCCUUAUCAUACUUUUAGUUAGGUGACUUUUUCAAGAAAAUCAAAUAUAUUAUGAAAUUGAGAAAUUUCCACGGGAAUUCUCUCGAAAGUCGAAACACAAAACAAGUCAGUGAGAUCGUAUGAGAUCCGGAGAAAAAGAACAGAGAUAUGCGUGCGUUGUGCUUAUGUAUUAGAAAAUAACUAAAACAAACAGAAAACCGAACUAAAUUGAUAAAAGAAACAAUGAUGUGAGACUGAUGGACGUUGCGUGAAACUGUUGAGGAACGUGGGUGGAAAUGGAGCAGGAACAAUGUGGCAGCAUCACCCCGUAGAAGUGGUGCUGCGUCUGAAUUUGAACACGGAAGAAGAGGCGUGUGCGUGUGAAUGAGCGAGAGAGAGAGAUAGAAAUUCAAACACUUGCAAAGUUAUGCAACAAACACAAUUCCUCCCGUGAAACGAUUCGUUAUCUAGAACCUUUUAAGGAUGUUAUUAGGAAUUAAAGCCGCAAUCGUGUAUAACUCAAACUAAUUCAAAUCGAAAACAAGAAAUCUUUUUCAAAAAGUGAUUCCGUAUUUUCCCGUGUUUACUCUUUACCUUUAACAAACAAAUUGUCGACUAUAUUGAAAAAAGUAAGUGCGAAAAAAAGUAAAUAAUCAAUUGCUAAAGAAAACCAAAUUAUAGGAAAACAAACGAGAAGAAGUCAGUUUUCAUCAGGAUGGAUAGUGUGGAGAAGACAGGCACAAAAAAGGUUUAGAUAGAUACCGAAGGAAAGUGAAAGAGAGACAGUUCAAUGAUUAGGACAAACAAGAAAACUAUGUAAUCUGAAAUGAAACGAAACAAUAUUCAAUUGAUAUAAUAAAUGACGCAAAUCGAAACUAAAAACAGACAGAAAAAAAAACUCAACCGAUGAAAUAUAAGUGAUUAUUCUUCAAAUAUUAA